AACAGAAGAUAGAGGGAGUCUCGGAGCUCGCCAUCUCCAGCGAUCUCUACAUUGGGAAAAAACAUGGAGUCAGCUCCGGCAGCCCCCGACCCCGCCGCCAGCGAGCCGGGCAGCAGCGGCGCGGACGCGGCCGCCGGCGCCAGGGAGACCCCGCUGAACCAGGAAUCCGCCCGCAAGAGCGAGCCGCCCGCCCCGGUGCGCAGACAGAGCUAUUCCAGCACCAGCAGAGGUAUCUCAGUAACGAAGAAGACACAUACAUCUCAAAUUGAAAUUAUUCCUUGCAAGAUCUGUGGAGACAAAUCAUCAGGAAUCCAUUAUGGUGUCAUUACAUGUGAAGGCUGCAAGGGCUUUUUCAGGAGAAGUCAGCAGAGCAAUGCCACCUACUCCUGUCCUCGUCAGAAGAACUGUUUGAUUGAUCGAACCAGUAGAAACCGCUGCCAACACUGUCGAUUACAGAAAUGCCUUGCCGUAGGGAUGUCUCGAGAUGCUGUAAAAUUUGGCCGGAUGUCAAAAAAGCAAAGAGACAGCUUGUACGCAGAAGUACAAAAACACCGGAUGCAGCAGCAGCAGCGAGACCACCAACAGCAGCCUGGAGAGGCCGAGCCGCUGACUCCCACCUACAACAUCUCGGCCAACGGGCUCACCGAGCUUCAUGAGGACCUCAGCAACUACAUCGACGGGCACACCCCGGAGGGAAGCAAGGCAGACUCUGCUGUCAGCAGCUUCUACCUGGACAUACAGCCUUCCCCAGACCAGUCAGGUCUUGAUAUCAAUGGAAUCAAACCAGAACCAAUAUGUGACUACACACCAGCAUCAGGCUUCUUUCCCUACUGUUCUUUCACCAAUGGAGAGACGUCCCCAACUGUGUCCAUGGCAGAAUUAGAACACCUUGCACAGAAUAUAUCUAAAUCACAUCUGGAAACUUGCCAAUACUUGAGAGAAGAGCUCCAGCAGAUAACGUGGCAGACCUUUCUGCAGGAGGAGAUCGAGAGCUACCAAAACAAGCAGCGAGAGGUGAUGUGGCAGUUGUGUGCCAUCAAAAUCACAGAAGCUAUACAGUAUGUGGUGGAGUUUGCCAAACGCAUUGACGGAUUUAUGGAACUGUGUCAAAAUGAUCAAAUUGUGCUUCUCAAAGCAGGUUCUCUAGAGGUGGUGUUUAUCAGAAUGUGCCGUGCCUUCGACUCUCAGAACAACACCGUGUACUUUGAUGGGAAAUAUGCUAGCCCCGAUGUCUUCAAAUCCUUGGGUUGUGAAGACUUUAUUAGCUUUGUAUUUGAAUUUGGAAAGAGUUUAUGUUCUAUGCACCUGACUGAAGAUGAAAUUGCGUUAUUUUCUGCAUUUGUACUAAUGUCAGCAGAUCGCUCGUGGCUGCAGGAAAAGGUAAAAAUUGAAAAACUGCAACAGAAAAUUCAGCUAGCUCUUCAACACGUCCUGCAGAAGAAUCACCGAGAAGAUGGAAUACUAACAAAGUUAAUAUGCAAGGUGUCUACAUUAAGAGCCUUAUGUGGACGACAUACAGAAAAGCUAAUGGCAUUUAAAGCAAUAUACCCAGACAUUGUACGACUUCAUUUUCCUCCAUUAUACAAGGAGUUGUUCACUUCAGAAUUUGAGCCAGCAAUGCAAAUUGAUGGGUAAAUGUAUCACCUAAGCACUUCUAGAAUGUCUGAAGUAUAGACCAUGAAAAACAACAACAAAAAAAAUUAACCAAGACACUUUAUAUGGCCCUGCACAGACCUGGAGCGCCAACACACUGCACAUCUUUUGGUGAUCGGGGUCAGGCAAAGGAGGGGAAACAAUGAAAACAAAUAAAAGUUGAACUUGUUUUUCUCAUGCAUAUGAUUUCCAUUAUGCCUACAGAUAUGGACCCUUUUUCUGUCUCAACUUCUUGAUCAUUGACCUCUGUUUACAACUGAAGGAGGGUACUAAAGUCGGAGGAUUUCCUUUUCUUGUAGCUCACUGCCCACAGACUUUCUGCAGAGUCACCAAUCUGUCGGUAACAACAGAGAGUCCGGCAAUAAUCGGUGCCCGGUGUGCAUAGCGGAGGUGGCGGCAUGACUUUGCACAACCUGCUCUUUGUUUCAUGAAGGAAGUUUUUAUUUUUUUCACCGAUUAUUGCCAGUCAGCAGGAUGGCAUGAAAAGGGUCCAUAGCACUAGCAACAAUAGCAUUAUAAUAUAUUACAGGGUAAAUGGGCAUGAAGACUAUAUAUAGCUAAAAGAGAUAUUGUUUAUAUAUUGUUUUAAUUAAUAUAAAAUGUAGUUACUGGUGUAGCUUUUCCUGUUGAAUUGAUAAGGCACUUUCAUUUUGCACCUUUUUCUUUAAAUGAAAUGCUAGCGUGUUCACUGUCGUGUCGCAUGUGCACCAGAAACACAAGUUUAACUGAGAAGGCUUGGAAGGUACGUCAGGAGGUAUUUAUGCUGCUGUUUACAAAUUACUUUGAAAAGACUGGCUGGUCAUAUCUAGAAAUCAUGAUGUGGAUUAUUGGUUUGUUUUUGUUUUGUUUUGUUUUGUUUUUUUUACACUUCAUUUGGUAUUAGAAACAGAAUUCUCCCUAAAUUAUACUUUGCUUUUGGGUAAGCUCAAGGAUAGAUGUGUUUAUGCUUCAUACAAAGUUGAAUGGUCUAUUGGUGCUAUGGACUUAUACCAUCAUGCACGUUAUUUUUAAAAAGCUUUUUUAAGUGCCACCUCAUGGGGGUAGGGGAGGGAGGGGAGGCUCAUUUCAUACAAUUCAGUAGAUAUAUGGACUCAGUCUCAACUUGGAAUUCUUAUGCUUUGAGGAUAAAUCAGUAACCCAAAUAUUUAUUGGAAUUCAGCUUUUAUUAUAAGAAGGACCCAAAGAUUAUAUCUGGAGCAAACACACACUCCCCAUGUGAGGACAUGAAACAUUUACUUUGUGAAUGCCUGUGUUCUUGGUCUAAACUAGGAACCCUAAGAGUGUAUCUCAGAGUGACCUAGCUCUAGACUAGCUGCCUCUAGACGCUAUAAUUCUAGAAUAUAGUUCUCCAUAUUUCACAGACAAUGGACAGAAGGGCGAGGGGGUUAUGCAACACUGAACUGGUUUCUCUUAUUUAAAUAUUAAAUAUUUUAAGCAUUCAAAGUGAAGUUGAUGCUAGCUGCAAACAUUUACUCUUGUAUUUAUCUUCAAUAGAAAACUGUGGACUGUAAUUUAUUUUAUUAAAUAUUUAGAAGAAUGUUUGGCUUUUGUGUUCAGGUGAGAAAUAUUGAAUGUUUUUGUUUAAUUUCAUUUUUUUUAUUUUAAUAACUCCCAGUGGGGGAAGGGAAAAUGAACAGUGCAAGUGUGCAUAUUUUAAAAAUAAGUGCCCUUUGGAAAUGUCAGCAUUUAGAAGAUGAUUUUAGUCAGUCGGGUGGGAUUCAAACUUCUGGUCUGACACGAAGGACCAUGGUUAUAUGGAAAAGGGAAUAUCCCAUAGCAUAAUGGUGGGAGUUUCCAGGCAGCCCUUUAUAGCCGAAAAAAUGUCUCUACCCCCAGGCUCUUCUUGAAUCUUCCCUAGGAACUGUGGCUCCUAAUGUCAGGUGGAGCACAGCAGGGGCAUCCCAGAGCCAUUUACUCUGGGUUUAACCCCAACUGAUUUUCUGACUUGUUUCUUGAGGGAUUUGGAAAAGAGGAAGGAAUUAUUCACAGAGAAGUGUGUAUGAAGCCUAAAUAACAUCUUAAUUUUUUUUUCAAAAAUAUAGUAAGGGUUUAACCAUAAGUAGAAGACGAGAGUAAUAUCUACUUAAAUUUCUUACAAGUAUAUUAAACUUUAUGUGAGUGUUUAUAUAGAGAGGUAAACUAAACAUAUAGUAUUUAUAUUUGGGCAAGAAGGGUGAAAUCAAAAUUUUAAUUUAAAUAAGCAUAGUUCCUUUAAAGAUCAAUAGUAUUUAUACUCUGAAAAGAGUACCAAGCUUAGUUCAGUUAUUUAUUUGUCCAUUUAUUUUUCCUGUUGUUUCUCCUGUGGGGGGGCGGAUAAUGUGUUGGGUCUUUUUUGGAGAGGGGGUGUUUUUUGUUUUUUGUCAUUCUGAGUCACUAAAUUUGGGGAUGGUUUUAUUAAAGUGUAUUAACUUCUUUUUAACCAAAGCUUUCUGAAUAUGACCAGCCUCAGGUGCUAGCGCAUUAAAGAGCAACUAAACCUAAUUCCAGUGUCCAUUUGUGAAGUGAUAAGAGCUAACUGAACUUCUCUAAGGGUGAGAGAGAGCAUAAUGUUGAGCUUAAAAGAAAUUCCUUUUCCCAGAAAGGACUUUGCAUGUACCAAAUGCAAAAAAAAAAAAGAGGCUUAAUCUCAGUCACACCAUGGUGACAUUGCUUUUAGAAUAAACCAACGUACAUUGACGUGAUGCUGCUACCAGGUCUUUCUGAAAGAAAAGCAAGGUGAGGAAGAGCAAAAUACAUUGGCAGCGUAGGGACAGAGCAGGAGAGGCAUGCUCAGUGAACAGAGGGAACAACUAUGAUUUGGAUCAAAGUUGGGAUCUGAAGUUAAACAAUAAAUUCAGUUUUUAAAAAAUGGAAGUAUAGAAAAGGAUGUGAAAAACUCUGCAUUUUUAUUUUCUUCUUACAGAAACACCUGUGUGAGGACACAAACUACUUGUUGAUACAGAACAGUGAUUGUUAAGAGUUCUUAUAAUUAAAGUUUCCUAAACUUAAAUAUCCAGUAGUCUUUUAAAGAUUGGAAUCACAUCAUUGUUAUCCCAGCUCCUAUGAUGCCUUUAAUACAGUUUUUCCAUAGAGGGUACAUAAGGCUUUUUGUACAAAGCCUGAAUACCUUUGGUUACAAUGGUGUCAGACGGUUGCAUUAUAUUCUGAAGAACCUGGCCUUGGUCACAAUGAAAACAAAAGUGCAGAUGAAAGUGCUUUUUUGGACAGUUUGCAAAUUGUGUUAAAGCUAUGGAUUUUUUUUUUAAGUGUUCAGCAUCCUAAUUUGCGUUAAAGCUAUGGAUUUUUUAAAAAGUCUUCAGCAUCCUAAUUCACCCUUCCUAACUUAAGGAAAAUAUAACUUAAGACACUGCUUCUAAGUUUGGUUGUUCUUUAUAGUGUGGAUACCCAGAUCUCUGUGUAGGGGUGUGGGCUGAGGGCCAGGUGAGAAGGGAGAGAGAGAGAGAGAGAGAGAGAGAGAGAGUGUGUGUGUGUGUGUGGUUUUCGUGUGUAUGAUGUGUGUGUGUCGGACCGCUUCUAGGCUACUAAGUGUCAAUGGAAAAGAAAAUGUAUUCAAAAUACUUAAAUCAAAACUAGAAGAUGGGGAAAAAAAAGAUUUAUUCUAUACAAAGCCUUGUCUGGACCACUUUAGAGAGACUUCUAUUUUUUUAACCCUUAUAUAAAUAUUUGAUGGCACUUGAAAUAUUCCUGCAAUAAAAUGUGAUUUGUGUAAAGAAAAAAAAAAGAUUUUGUAAUGUGAAACAAAGAAAGAAAGUAAUGUAAUUUUCUAAAAAAAAAAAUACAAACAAACAAACUUUGUAUUAUUUUCUUGAUGGAAUUUGUCUGUCUUUGGGAAACUUUUUAUUUCAUUGAAUGUGCCAUAGUAGAAAUAUGUGUUUUUAGUUUUAGACUAAGGAAUAGCUGUUUGUGUUCCGACAUUCCAAAAUGCAAAACAACCUAGUAGAAUCUUUAUUGAAAAGGUUUAAGUAGGAUGUAAGCUUCUCUCAUUGUUGCUUUUUUGCACAUGUUCUUCAUUCCUCUCUAGUGCAAUAUGUACAUAGAGCACUUGCGGGUGUACCUUGAUCCCUCAGGGAAAAAAUACAUAUUUGUACAGUUUUGGUUUUUUGGUUUUUGUUUUUGGUUUUUUUGGUUUCUUUCUUUUUUUUUUUUUUUUUUUUUUUUUUUUUUUGGCCUUUUGUUUUUGGCUAAGGAAUGUCGAUUGAAUCACUUGUUAUUGUUGAGGGGCAGCCAGAUAAUAAUCCUAAAGCCACUGUUUUCAAACAUUUAUUGUUUAAAUCAUGUGUCCUUCCAGUGCUAUUAUUUUAAGAUAAUAAUAAUAAAAAGUUAUUUUCUGACAGUUCUUUGUGCUGAUUGGUGAAAAAAAAAGGGUAAAUAAGCACCUUAUGAUUGACUUACUGUGAAUGACAAUCCAUCUUGAUAUCAACAAUAGAAGCCCUAUCACUUUGGAGUUGGGGUUAAGAGUCAGAAACGAUGUGCUCAGGGAUCUUCUAAAACUCUUCAAACAGGGUGGCCAGUACUACUGGGACAAAUUGUGUUUUUUAUUAUUAAUAAUAGUGAUAAUAAUACUAUCCCUCAAGGCACAAGUGAACUGUGUAGAACUGCGUGUGUGUGUGUAUGUAAACUCUUCACUCUCGUCUCAUUUUGUUGAGUUCAAAACGUAUGUGUUCUUCAGUCUUGUGUGGUUUAAAACGUUGAAUAACUUCCAAAGCAGUAUAAAGUUAUGCUAGUAUGUUCACAAGAUAAAUUAAUAGGCAGUAUACCAAUAGAGAACAUCACUUCAAGUGCAGUCCUACAUACUCCAUUUACCUUCCUCAAAAUUCAUAGCAUUACAUAUUAGAAACUUCCCAAUUCUACAUGUAUGCAAAAAAUUGUUUAAGCCAGUUAUGAGAGACCUGCCUAUCAGUGCAGUGAAAGAGAUAAAACUUUGAACACAUUUUUUUCAAAUGCCAGCAAAUAACUUAUUUUCAUUGCACUCUCCUCUAGAAGUAAACCAAAACAUCCCUUUAUGUAACAUAGUUCUUUUACUUCUUCACUUCGAGUUUUCAUCUCUUGAAUCAAUACAAGAGCUAACGUUUAAAGACAAAAAAAAAACCA